CCCAUUACCGGUUUCAUAACUUACCUUUCAUAACAUCGGCUGUAAACACUAGAAGCUGUGUUACCUCGGAACAUUUCCUCGAGCUGUGCGGGUCAUAAGCAGAGUGUCAGCAUACCAAAGUUAUUUAGAGACAAGUAGUUUUCAAUAAUCAAAGUCCCAUCCAUUCAGAUCUAUGUUGUUGAAGACCAUCACCAGGAAGGGAACUCUGCUGCUCCAAGGCCUAUACCACCACACCAGACAUCAAAGACUAGUACCUGGGGUCACCCUCGUAGCCACCGCCUCCAUCUUUAGUUGGUUUGUGGUGACAAACCUCCAGCCUAGGAUCCAAGACCAACCGCCAAACUCCCCAGUCCACACGUCACCAGAGAAGUCAACUCAACACUCAGACAGACUUAAUCACUCUUGUUUCUCCAGCACCAUGCCACAUACCAACAACAAGAUGCGUGAGGACGCCCUGUACGGCAUGUUUAUAGGCGACUCCCUCUCCAUGCCUGUCCACUGGUACUACGACACAGACAACAUCAAGAGGGAUUUCAACGGUUGGUUGACCGGAUUCGAAGCCCCUCGCAAGAGACAUCCUACGAGUAUCUUGACAAUAUCAGCAGUAGGUGGUGCAGGUAGAUCAACAUUCAGUGGGAAGCAGAAGAGUGUUAUAGGUGAUAUCAUCUUACAUGGCAAGCUGCAAUACUGGACCAAGAACGAUAGAUCAGUGCAUUACCAUCAGGGGAUGGCAGCAGGUGACAACACACUGAACAAUCAUUGUGCGUUGAGGGCAGCAAUCCAAGCCUCUAAAGACCCCGAUGCCUCGUAUGACGCUGUCCUCUCCUCCAUCAUGACGGACUACGUCCAUUUUAUGACCACGCCCAACACCCACAACGACACCUACGCAGAAUCCUACCAUAGAGAGUUUUUCAAGAGCUGGGAUAAGAAUGGUAGCCCAACACAACCAGAGGAAGUAAUGUCAUACGUAGAGAAACGGGUCAAAGACCUAGAAAACAAGCAUCUCGAUCACAAUAUUGAUGGGAUAGGUGCCCUUGUUCAUCCUAUCCCUCUCAUCAUUCAGUAUGCAGACAAACCGGUAGAUGAAGCAGCUAAGCAAGCGGUGAAGUUGACCCGCAUGACCCAUGCCUCGGUCAACCUUGACCCUUUCGUGGAUGUCUACGCCCGUACUCUCCAUGGUAUCCUCAACGGGGAAAGCCUUAGAGAGAAGAUCAACGAAGCUCUCACGUCGCCCCCUAUUGGCAAUGUCAGGCUACCCAAACUCUUUGAAGAGUACUCCAAGAAAGCAAGAAAGUAUGAGAAGGGCUCAGAGAAGAGAUUAGAAAUCUACCAGUCUGCCGUUAGUCAGAUGGGUUUGGCUUGCUACAUCAAGGGAUCUAUGGUAUCCAUGUUUUUCCUUGCCUAUGAAUUCCAUGAUGACUUUGAAGGUGGUAUGUUAGCGAACACAAACUGUGGAGGGGAGAACUGUAACCGAGGCUCGGCUCUUGGGGCUCUUCUGGGAGCGGAAGCAGCACGGAUAGGCAAGACGAUACCUGAGAGAUUCAAGUCUGGAUUGAACAUCCUGAAACCUGGCAUUCAGUCGGUAGUAGAUAAAUGGUGAUGUGGUUGAGUGGUAAGGGUGCAUGCUUAAGUUUUUUUGUUGAAAGAGGAGGUUGAUUUCCGGUGAAAAGAUAGAAAUCAUUUGUGUGUGAGCAUUCAUAUUCCUCUUGUGUCAGUUCGAAAGGAUAUCAUAAUAGAAAUAUCCCCUGCAAAGAUUGCCCUUCAAAUGUUGUCCAAUUCAUAAUAUGACAACAAACAUACCGGGCAUUUUUUACCAAACAUUCAUGCCACGUUUGUGUGCAGUUUUGUACAAACAUUUAUUUCUGUGUGCACUUUUCCUCAAGAUGGAGUCUUGAGGAAAUUUUAUUUGUAAAUUUGUUGGAUGAUUCCAAACAGCAGUAUCCAUGACAAUUGUUAUAUACUGCAUACUAAUCAUUGUAGUUGCAUGACCAACUCAGUUGGAUUAGAUUAAAUCUGAUCUGAAAACACAAUCGUUCUAGAUUGUGUAAAGUUUUUGUGACAUUAAAACAAUGAUGUUCUAAUAGGCAUAGAGAUCAUGUUGGUAUUGUGCAUUUACUAAGCAAUGUGAUAUUAUUAUUUGUAGAACCCUGUAGCAAAAAAUAAAAGGCUUUUCCAAAUGAUACCCCCUUCAUUUUAUUUCUCUACAAAUAUUUGCAAUGAUGUGGAACAUUAUUCAUGCUGUGGAACUGCGGUAGAUUAUAUUUGAGUUUAGUUCUUUCUUUUCAAAGGAUACACAGGACCUUAGAAAUUCACUCCCUUGCAUCUCCGCCAAGUUUUUUGUAUCUCCUUCAAUCAGAUGUAUUUUUUAUGAUUAAUAUGCUGUAACAAAAACAGAUAAUUCAUGCAAGAUACAAUCAACUGUACCAAAAAGGGAGAUACAAUUACCAGACCUGCCAACCAGUACGAUUAAGUCAUAUUUAGUACGAUAUUUAGAAGCAAAUACGACAGUACGAUUUUCCUCAAUAAAAUACGAUUU